AGCUGUUUCAAACGAAAAGCUGCUAAAUAAGACCCUGAAUUCAGAUUCUCUGAAGAAAUUUUAAAAUCUUUGUGAAAGUGAUUUGAUACAGGACUUCUAUUGACUCAAAAGCUGUGGUUCUAGAAAGAAAAUUUGGGCGAUUUUGAACCUUUUGUAUUGGAAAUUGAAUAGCGAUUUGAAAAUAACGCCAUGUCAUCAAAAUUCUUCAGCCGCUUAGCCCAAUUGGGCGCAGGAAUUGUAAUAACAAGUGGAGUAGCAAACAACGCGUUAUACAAUGUCGACGGUGGAGAGAGAGCGGUGAUUUUCGAUAGAUUUAAUGGUAUAAACAAACAAGUUAUUGGCGAAGGCACACAUUUCAUCAUCCCUUGGGUACAAAAACCAAUUAUUUUCGAUAUUAAAUCGAAACCUCGUAACGUUUCGACCAUAACCGGCAGUAAGGACCUUCAACGCGUGGAAGUAACCUUAAGAAUCCUCUUCAGACCCGUUGCAGAUGAGCUACCAAAGAUCUACACGACUUUGGGCGAAGAUUAUGAUACCAGAGUCCUACCAUCAAUCACAGGAGAAGUACUAAAAGCCGUUGUAGCCCAAUUUGAUGCUAGCGAACUUAUAACUCAAAGAGAAAUGGUUUCCCAUAAGGUCAAUGAAAAUUUAACCGAAAGGGCUCGACAAUUUGGUCUGAUUUUGGAUGAUAUAGCCAUUACACAUAUAACCUUUGGCAGGGAAUUUUUGCAAGCGGUUGAAUUGAAACAGAUUGCGCAAUUGGAAGCUGAGAAAGCGAGGUUUAUGGUGGAAAAAGCUGAACAGAAGAAAAAGGCUGCAGUGAUUUCGGCAGAGGGAGAUACUCAGCAAGCGGUGCUUCUUGCAAAGGCCUUUGGGAAGGCUGGAGAAGGCCUGGUAGAAUUGAGAAGAAUUGAGGCGGCUGAAGAUAUUGCGUAUCAGCUUUCCAAGUCGAAGAACGUCACUUAUCUACCUGAUGAUGGAUUGGUGAAUUUGAAGAAUUAGAAUUAGGAUAAUCCUAUUUUCUAUUUCCUACCUAUACUUCCUAUUCCAUUCCAAAUACAUACAAUAAUCUUCCAAAUAAAUAAAAUAAAUUAUUUUAUAUAAAAGUAAAUUAUAAUAAUACAUAGUUAUUUUAAUCCCCUAUUCCUUUGUCCAUUCCAGUUUAAGUGUUAAAUAAAUUAAUAAAUAAAACGAAUGAAAUAAAAUAUAUUUAAUUAGAAUAAUAAUAUAAAAUAAUAAUAAGUGUAAUUAAAAUAAAAUAGAAUUUAUAUUUUACUAUGAUAGUUUUUAUCUCCAAUUGAAUAUAAAAUAAGAAUAACAACGAAAUAUUACUUAAAAACAAAUUAUUUUUUUAAUAGCAACGAAGCAAUAAUUCAAUAGCAACAAUUUUUUAAUUAAUUAAUAUAAUAAAAUUACCAACGAUUGGGAUAAGUUUGACCCCGUAAACUUCUUCAAAAUUUUGACCCCGUUUACUUCGCGGGUAUAAUUUUGGACCCCAAACGCUUCGCAGGCUUUGGAAAUCUCCCCAUUCUUACCUAUGUCGAUGCUAUAGCGUUGGUUGUGACCCCAAUCGACAUGAUAACCAUUAUAAUUUGACCCCAAUC